AUGCUGCUUUCAAAUGUAUCAUGGAAUUUGUCACAAAAGGGAAAUCAGGUGCUUUUUUCAUAUAUAGAUGGUCCUGGAGGUACGGGAAAAACUUUCUUAUAUAAUGCCUUGUAUGCAGAGAUUUGCUUGAUGAAUAAAAUUGUAUUGCCCAUAGCAACCUCAGGCAUUGGUGCAACAAAUAUUCCCUCUGGUCGUACAGGUCAUUCAAGGUUUAAAAUACCUCUUGACAGUGAUAUAUCCUUAGCAUGUGUUGUUCCUAAACAGGGUAGUCUGGCAGCACUUUUAAGGGAAACCACAUUAAUUAUAUGGGAUGAAGCUUCAAUGGCAAAAAAACAAAAUAUUGAAUCCCUCGAUUUACUAUUACAAGAUAUAUGUAACACAACAGCUGCCUUUGGUGGGAAGGUAGUUUUCUUUGGAGGUGAUUUCAAACAAGUUCUACCAGUUGUUCCUCAAAAAACAAUGAAAGAGGCAGUAGAGACAAGUAUUGUGACUUCACAUUUAUGGGAGACAUUCAUAAAGUUUAAACAUACAGAAAAUAUUCGAGCACGAGAAGAUCCUGCAUAUUCCUCUUUCUUACUUGCCUUGGGAAAUGGUCAAUUACAGUCCACUGAAAUCGCAUUAAUUGAUUUGCCAAUUCAAGUUGCACAUUCUCUUGAAGAUGACACAAGCUUAAUAACUAAUCUGACAGAAACGACAUUCCCUGAAAUCAUGCAAGGUGGCUUUGUGGAUGAUGUUUUCAUAACAAGGGCAAUUUUAACUCCAAUGAAUGAUGAUGUUGAUUCUAUCAAUUCAGUUAUGGUUGACAAGUUCCCUGGUGACAUUGUCACUUACAAGAGUUUUGAUAUGAUGCUAAAUGAUAUGUGCAGUAUAUAUCCCACAGAGUUUAUGAAUAAACUCUGUCCAGGAGGGUCUCUUGAUUUUGGAUUCUGCUCAGACUAA